CCAGAUGGCCUGCAGCCUCCCUGUAGCCAAUUGCAAGCCGAGGCUCCACCCCUCGGGCGCCACCCCGUUCGCGAGAGACCCUGCGUUUUCGCUUGGCUCUGCUGAGGAAGAGGCCACGUGAGCUGUGGCGCCCGGCAGCCAUGGAAAACGAGCGCCACCACCAUGGGCCCCGCUCCUUGGGCCUGGAGUUCUGGGAGCUGGAGGCUAGUGCGGGUCCUGCCGCAGGUGUCCCCGCAGCAGCCGAGGGAGGCCCCUCCAGUGCAGGAGCUGCCGGCCUCGCGGCGGCCGGUCAAGCUGAGGGCCUCCUGCAGGACGAUGACCAUGAUGGCCACAACCUGAGCCAAGAGGUGCCUGUGAGCAGCGGAGGUGGCACUGCCCGCCAGGCGGAUGACGGGGACCGGGAGCCUGAGCAGCCGUCGCCGGCCGAGCAGGAUCCCGCGGGUGCCAGGGCUGGACGGCGGGGCCGGCCCCCGCGGCGCCGAAUCCCCUUCAGCUUCACGCAGGGGCAGGUGCAGGAACUGGAAAGCGUUUUCCAGGAAACUCAGUACCCGGAUGUCCUUACGAGACUGAUGCUUGCAAGAGACCUGAAUGUGCCCGAAUCCAGAGUGCAG